GAACAGAAACGGAGAGUGGCAUCUGGUUUCGUGCCAUCUUCCUUUUUGCUUUCGUGUUGUAGCAAGUCGCAACGGGCAGAGGGUCACUGCUCUCUACAAAUCCUUUUUCGUUUGAGAUCAGCGAGGAGGACGCCACAUGCGGCAGUCCGGAAUCCUUUCUGAUGAACGCCCAGGACAAGCGACGUGGAUAGUGCUCGCGUCCUCAUGCAGGCUCCCAGCGCCAUACGAUUGGCGCACUCCAAUUCCCUAGCUUUCGGUCUAACCGACGGCUGGUGGGUACUGCGAUCUUAUGCUGACAGGGCUGUCUGCCGUCUGACUUCUUUUCGCAUGACUGUCAAUCGACCUCAGUCAAGCAAAGAAGUUUUACGACUCGAGAAUUUGUAGAGCCGCUCAACGCGCGAAGGUUCUCAUGUAGUCCGAGACACAUCUCUUUGACAUCUCUGGUGACUCGAAAAUCUGUCAACAUGGUGCUAUCAUUUCUCGGUUCAUGGAGCCCCGUCGGAGUGGUCUUUAUUCUGGCGACAAAUGUCGCGAAAGUCUCCUGUAGUGCACAACCAAUAGUGGUCAACCCGAGUGAAGUCUGGGACGGCCUGGACGGAACAUGGUCCUCGUUUGAUCUCAGUGUAGGAGUUCCUGCACAGAAGGUACGCGUUCUACCAUCAUGGCAGUCAUUUCAGACUUGGGUUGUGGCCCCGGAAGGAUGUUCAAUGUACUCCAAUUAUGAUGCCUGCGUCGAGUCACGAGGGGAGGUUUUCAACUUGAGUCAAUCUACAAACUGGGACUAUGUCGGACUCUUCGAGCUCGGGAUUGAACAGGAUCUUGGAAUUACUGGAAACGCAUACUACGGCUACGACAGGAUAGCCUUGGAUGACUCCAAUCAAACUGUCUUGGAGGACACGACAGUUGGUGCUCUGGCAGUGUCAGAUUUCUGGCUUGGAAGUUUGGGACUGAACCCGAAGCCUACGAACUGGUCGGAUACCUCUACAUGGCCGAGUUUCAUGACGAAGUUGAAGGGACAGAGCACAAUCCCCAGCAUCUCAUUCGGAUACACAGCAGGCGCCCCUUACCGCUUCUCGGGCGUGGCAGGAUCUCUGACACUCGGUGGAUAUGACCAAAGUCGAUUCGAGGCCAACAAUGUCGAGUUCGAAUUUGCCUCUGAUCCAGCACGAGACACCGUGGUAGCAAUUCAGUCUAUCACUACAUCCGCCUUGAACUCAACCUCCAGUGUUGAGCUUUUACCCGCACCGAUAUAUGCCUUGAUUGACUCCACAGUGAGCCAGAUCUGGCUUCCACUCGAUGCCUGUCAAGCUUUUGAGAGGGAGUUUGGCUUGACGUGGGAUUCGACUUACAACCUGUACCUCGUCAACUCAUCUCUUCACGACACUCUUCUUGCCCGCAAUGCCCAUGUCAAUUUCACUAUUGGCACCACAGCAGCAGGCCUUCAAAAAACAACAAUCUCAUUGCCAUACGCUGCAUUUGAUAUGACAGCGCAGUCACCGUACCAAGGAUUGGCGGACAGAUCAAGCUAUUUCCCGCUGAGACGGGCAGCGAACAGCACUCAAUACACCCUUGGUCGAACAUUCAUGCAGGAAGCCUACAUCACGGUGGAUUACGAAAGAACGAAAUUCAAUGUCUCUCAAUGUAUCUGGCCACAGAAUAUUAAUAACGUUACGGAAAUCAUCAUCAUUGAGCCAGCACCGGCGUCUGAGAAUGGUGGUUACAGUGGAGCUUC